CCGGGUCGGCGCGCGGGGGCACGGCGGGAGAGGCCGGCGAUGGUGCUGGACACUCUGGCCCGCAUCGUCAAGGUGCAGCUGCCCGCGUACCUCAAGCGCCUGCCGCUGCCCGAGAGCGUCGGCGGCUUCAUCCGCCUCACAGUUUCAGAAUGGCUGCGGUUACUGCCUUUCCUGGGCGUGCUGGCCUUGCUCGGUUACCUUGCUGUUCGUCCCUUCCUCUCCAAGAAGAAACAGCAGAAGGAUAGCUUGAUUAACCUCAAGAUCCAGAAGGAAAAUCCCAAAGUAGUGAAUGAGAUCAACAUUGAAGAUCUGUGCCUCACUAAAGCUUACUGCAGGUGUUGGCGUUCGAAGACGUUCCCUGUCUGUGAUGGCUCCCACAACAAGCACAAUGAGUUAACAGGAGAUAAUGUAGGUCCACUAAUACUCAAGAAGAAAGAAGUAUAGCAGAUGCUUAAUGUAGGUCAUGACUGAUAAAAAGUCUUUUAUACUGUUGUAGUUGCAAGGGACAGCGUUUUGUUAUGUGAUUGGUAUGAUUUAGUUUCAUGAUUGCUAUAGAUUUCUUUUUGGAAUAAAUUGCAUUUAGACAGUGAUGAAUUUGUCACUGUUUUGGUACCUUAUUCUGAGAAGAAUUUUGCCUGCUUUGUAAAACUGUAAAAUACCUAUCUCUGUAAAUAAGUCGUUUAUUUCAAUAAUAAAUUGACUUUCUACAACUAAGCCUUUUUUUGUAUGAACAUACAAUUAUAAAACUGUCACUAUUUCAAGUGCA